UUUUUCACCUAGGGUUUCCUUGUCUUCCAGUAUCCAAAGUUUCAAAAAGGGCGGCCUGCCUUCUUUUUCACCCCAAUUUCUUAGCGAAACCUAUCAGCAUGUGCCCAGAGUUUCCCUCAAGUGAAGAGGAUUGAUAGCAUCCCAGAGCCUUCUUGCAGAUAAGAUCUAAAACUCUUUUUUAUGAGGGUAGACCCAAACACAGAAAAAGGCCCAGUCACCCAGCACUUUAUUCCCUUGUCCUAAUAGAAUUUCACCAUCAGCCUGUUGCAGGUUCCGGUAUCUAAUGCUCUCUAUUUGCUUUCAUUGAAAGUAGUCGAGGGCUAAAUUUUCCAAGUGGGCUGUGCUAUCAGAUUAGUGUUUAUCUGUUGCAUUACAAAUAAUAUCAUAAUAUUUAAUCAUUAUGAUCUUGAUCAUUAUCAUCUUGAUUUAUCUCCCUGGUCCAUAGGAACAUGUAGGGAUAGAUCGAAGAUGAAUUAUGAUCAUGAAUUUGAUACCUAUACGUCCUCAUGAGAUAAUCAUUACGUCAAAAUAUCACACAUGAAUUCUACAAUCUGAACAAUACUGGGCCAAUGUGAAAUAUGAAUGACAUGAGUGUGAACCCUGUCCCUGGCUUAUGAAAGCCACAAAUCUCAUAUACAAUUGUAGUAAUGACCUAAUAAUGACUUGUUUUCAAUAAUAUCUGUAAUUUACUCAAAAAUGGCAGUAAGGUUCAAAAGGAAUGGACAACCCAAGUGGCAGGAGGCCUAUAAAAAUUAACCCAUGGGAGCCCAACUUCAAUUCGCCAUUGAUUACAGAGCUCUGUGUUUAUUCCUAGGGCAGUUGCUCCUUCUAAUGAACGUUCACAGAUACAUAGGCACACAGGAGUUAGAGGUCUGAGGGGCCUAAUCAUUCUCACAUAUUUGUCUUUUUCCCACGUCACCCAAAGGCGCAUAAUCCAAAUCAGAAGCAAGUCAGAGGGAGAGGGAAGGAGAGUCCAUUGAGAAUGCCUAUAUCUUGUGCAAGCUUUGCUGCUAAAGUCCCACAUGUCUUCGGUGAGAGAAAAAGGAAUAACAGCAGCUUCACCCCCACCCAUGUAGGAGGUUUCUUCCUGUUCUUCAAUCUCCACAAUAGAAGCCGCAAUAUCCCUUCCCAAAACAUUGCUUCUGUCUCUAAUCACACCCACUCUUGUUUGACAAUGGAGGGCCAGUACCAGACGACGGUUGCAUGCCCAGAAGCAGACAAGUAUCGCAAAGAAUUGGAUGUUGCUGUCAGAGCUAUUCAGAUGGCAUGUUCUCUCUGUCAGAGAGUGCAGGAAAGUUUGAUUUCUAAGACCAAUAGUCAGAUUCAAUCCAAGGAUGACAAUUCUCCGGUCACUAUUGCAGAUUGGAGUGUCCAAGCAACUGUCAGCUGGCUACUCUCCAAGUGUUUUGGGAGUAGAAAUGUAUCCAUAAUGGCUGAAGAAGAUGUUCAAAAUAUCUCCAAGGCAGGUACAGCAGGACUCCUAGAAGCUGUGGUGAAAACUGUGAAUGAAUGUCUAGCUGAUGCACCUCGAUUUGGAUUAAUAGGUCCAGAAAUGGUCCUUGGGACAAAAGAGGUUCUUGAGGCCAUCAGUCGAUGCAACUCAGAAGGGGGCCAGACUGGAAGAUUUUGGGUGCUUGACCCUGUUGAUGGCACAUUAGGCUUUGUACGUGGGGAUCAAUAUGCCAUUGCCUUGGCAUUGAUAGAGGAUGGAGAAGUGGUGCUUGGAGUUCUUGGGUGUCCUAAUUACCCAAUGAAGAAGGAAUGGUUGAGCUACCAUCACCGCUACUAUAGGAUUAUAUCCAAGUUGACUCCACCGACAUCUGAUUCUUGGGAUAAAGGUUGUGUAAUUUAUGCUAGGAGAGGCAGUGGCAAGGCUUGGAUGCAGCCAUUACUCAAUGGAAAUAAGAAGCUUGAAUGGCCAAACUCUGCUAGGCCAGUUCAAGUGUCCUCCAUUGAUAAUCCAGCAUUGGCAACCUUCUGUGAGCCAGUUGAGAAGGCAAAUUCAAGCCAUUCCUUCACAACAGGACUGGCUCACAGCGUAGGGCUUAGGAAGCAACCGUUACGUGUAUACAGCAUGGUGAAGUAUGCAGCCAUAGCCCGUGGUGAUGCAGAGAUUUUUAUGAAGUUUGCAAGAGCUGGCUACAAGGAAAAGAUAUGGGAUCAUGCAGCUGGGGUUGCUAUCAUACAAGAGGCUGGUGGCAUGGUAACUGAUGCCGGAGGGCGUCCAUUGGACUUCUCAAAGGGAAUAUACUUAGAAGGUCUUGAUCGGGGAAUAAUUGCUUGUUCUGGAGCCAAAUUACAUGACAAGAUUAUUAUGGCUGUUGAUGCUAGCUGGAACUCCUCUAGUCUAUGAGGUACUGCUGUACAUCACCAAUAAGAGCAGAAGAUACUCAAAUUUAGGCAAAGUAAGGAAACUUUUCUUGUUCAUUUCUCAUUCUGCAUUUGAAGGCCAUAAAAAAUUUAAAAAAAAAUUGAAUUAAAAAAAAAAAAAUCAGUGAGCUUCAGUGAUAACUGGUUUUUGAUGACCAUAAAGAAAUGAGGUCUUUCUAUUUUGAUUUGCAUGCCAUUGAGAAUUAGUUCUGUUUUAUUUUGCAACAACUUUUUUUUAGUAAAAGCAAAUUUGAACAAUUACUUUUCAAAUGUUCACUGAAGCGAUUCACUUUCAUUGAAUUACACAACUGUUAACCCUGAACUGCCAUAAUAUUUUCAGCUUGAUCUCCCGUUUCUGGAAUGGCAAACUGGAUUGCAGGGAACACAAAUUGCUUCAAAGGAGUUGCUGAAAGAAAGCAACUGGUAAAUCUAGCAGUGUUAGAGAAUCUUUGACUGUGAAUAUCAGGUGUGGAUGGCUUACUAGUCUGCUGAUUGUAGAAAUAUCGCCAUGGUCUGUUUCAUCUUGUAAAUGAUCCUUCACUUGGGAUUCCUUUCAUAGCUUAAGAGUGUACGGAAGUCACAGAUGCUUGAUUUUUCAUCAAUGGCAUGUAUCUUUUGCAAUAUAGUUAAUAUUUACGAGGAUCAGAGUCA